AGUGUUGUCAGGCAAAAUAUAAGACAGCAGUAGGAGCAGAGAUCUGCAAUAGAUAAACACACAGACUAACACACAGCAACUGGAUUGCUUGCAGACACACACCACAGGCACUGAGAGACAGACACUGUGGAAUUGGGGGAUUGUGUCUCUGGUUUCUCUAAUAUUUUAUUUUAAUGGACUUAUUGUCAUCUAUCAUUUCAGUGGAAAACAGCCGCUGAGAAAGAGAGGCAGGUGUGCCCUUUAAGAGGGGGAGCAGCUGAGGCAAGGACAGCAUCCGAGUCUCCAUCCUCUGUGGAGGUCUUGCAGUUCUGAGGAGUGCAAGAAAGAGAGGUGGUCAGUCAAAGCUCUCCGUUUUUUUUGUUCUCGUUCCUUCCACCUGGAAAUGGGCUGCAAUGGUUGGCAGUAUUUAAAGGCCUAAACCUGUCUGAGUGAGCCAUAUGAACAGCAGACCCAAUGGACAUCAAAGGCCAGUGUUGGACAGACGAGGAGUCGGAUGGGGAGAACGAGUCGGAGCAGUUCCUGUAUGGCAUUCAGGGGAGCUGUGCUGCUGACCUGUACCGCCACCCUCAACUGGAUGCAGAUAUUGAGGCAGUAAAAGACAUCUACACUGACAGUGCUGUCUCUGUUAGGGAGUAUGGAACCAUUGAUGACGUGGACAUUGAUCUUCAUAUUAACAUCGGUUUCUUAGAUGAGGAGGUUGCGACAGCUUGGAAAGUUAUCAGAACAGAGCCCAUUAUUCUGAGACUGCGCUUUUCUCUUUCUCAGUACCUCGAUGGACCUGAGCCGUCAGUAGAAGUGUUCCAGCCCUCAAAUAAAGAAGGCUUCAGCCUGGGCCUGCAGCUCAAAAAGAUCCUGAGCACGUUCACCUCACAGCAGUGGAAGCACCUCAGUAAUGAGUUCCUCAAGGCCCAGCAGGAGAAGAGGCACAGCUGGUUCAAAGCUGGAGGAACCAUCAAGAAGUUCCGCGCCGGGCUCAGCAUCUUCUCCCCCAUUCCCAAGUCUCCAAGUUUUCCUUUGAUCCAAGACACAGUUUUAAAAGGGAAGCUGAGCGUCCCUGAGCUGAGAGUGACCCGCCUGAUGAACCGCUCUAUCUCAUGUACCAUGAAGAACCCUAAAGGGGAGCUCUUCAGCUAUCCACCAAACAGCCAGACUGUGGCUGUCCCGGCGGCCAGGGCCCCAGCGCAGAUUACCACGAGGCAGCUGAUUGAAUUGUUUUUCUCAUCCCAGGCGGGUGGCCACUGCAAGAACAUCCCCACCUUGGAGUAUGGCUUCUUAGUGCAGAUAAUGAAGUACUCAGAGCAGAGGAUCCCCACGCUCAACGAGUACUGCGUGGUGUGUGACGAACAGCACGUCUUUCAGAACGGAUCCAUGUUGAAGCCGGCUGUGUGCACCAGGGAGCUGUGUGUGUUCUCCUUCUACACUCUGGGUGUGAUGUCCGGAGCUGCAGAGGAAGUGGCCACCGGAGCAGAGGUGGUGGACCUACUUGUGGCUAUGUGUCGAGCUGCUCUAGAGUCUCCCCGUAAGAGCAUCAUCUUUGAGCCGUACCCAUCAGUUGUUGACCCCAAUGACCCCAAGACUCUGGCCUUCAACCCAAAGAAGAAGAAUUAUGAGAGACUGCAGAAAGCAUUGGACAGCGUCAUGUCCAUUCGGGAAAUGACCCAGGUACAAGGCUCAUAUCUAGAGAUCAAGAAACAGAUGGACAAACUUGACCCUUUGGCCCAUCCCCUGCUACAGUGGAUUAUUUCCAGUAACAGGUCUCAUAUCGUCAAGCUGCCUCUGAGUAGGCAACUGAAAUUCAUGCACACCUCCCACCAGUUCCUGCUGCUCAGCAGCCCCCCGGCCAAGGAGGCCCGUUUUCGCACUGCCAAGAAGCUAUACGGCAGCACCUUCGCCUUCCAUGGUUCCCAUAUAGAGAACUGGCACUCUGUUCUGAGAAAUGGACUAGUCAAUGCCUCUUAUACCAAACUGCAGCUGCAUGGGGCAGCGUAUGGAAAGGGCAUCUAUCUGAGCCCCAUCUCCAGCAUAUCUUUUGGAUACUCAGGAAUGGGGAAAGGACAGCACCGCAUGCCCACCAAAGAUGAACUGGUGCAGCGAUACAACCGCAUGAACACCAUACCACAGAGCCGUCCAAUACAAUCAAGGUUUCUUCAGAGUCGAAAUCUGAACUGCAUUGCUCUGUGUGAAGUUAUCACAUCUAAGGAUCUACAGAAACAUGGUAACAUCUGGGUGUGUCCAGUAUCCGACCACGUCUGUACUCGCUUCUUUUUUGUGUAUGAGGAUGGCCAAGUAGGAGAUGCCAACAUCAACACCCAGGAGCCUAAGGUGCAGAAGGAGAUCAUGCGUGUGAUUGGGACCCAGAUCUACUCCAGCUAAUGGAGGUUCUCCAUAUGUCUCUCUGGCGGAGGCACACAGGCAGGCAGACAGCGAAUGUUUGGGCGAGCUGACCUCAGGCCUGAUACUGAAGGCUGAGGGAGCUCUUGAGCACAUUAUUUCUAAAGUUGUUAUGUUCUGGUCCUCUUAUUUUCCUCUGUCUCCUUUGUCCCUCAUCUCCAAGUGGUUACACAUUCCAUGUUCAUUUACCCUUCAGUUAGGUUUAACCUGGUUAAAGUCAGUCUGCUUUUCUCAGUUCAUGUCACUUUCCAACAGAAUCGUAACACACUGAUGAAGAAAAAAGGAAGUAGUCACUGGUAUGGCUCUCCACACAUGCACACACUUUCAAACCCAGGGUCGACUGGGCUUUCUCCUUUCUUGCUGCACUUUUACUGAUCCUUUGGACUAAUCAUCUCUAUUUAAUAAUUUCUCUUUGUGAAUAUCCAGUAAAAAAAAUAAUCAUUCCAAAUGAUAAUUAGAUCCCUUUGUAGCAAAUAAGUGAUGGAUUUACAUGCACAUAGAAGUUUGGUCUCUUACUGUGUUUGCAAAGGCAUUAUCUCUGAUCUGUUUAUUUAAUAUUCUUUGAGUAAUGACAUGAAUUAAGGUCUGUGACAGGGUUAUCUGAGGAGCAAGCACUGCUUUGUCAUUUUGUCCUUGUUCACUGGAUGAAGCUCCCAGAAUCCAAUAAGCGAGGUGUGGCUUAAACUCAAGUUACACUAGUAACACUAUAGGCACUUUGUUUUUAUGAAAUGUAAAAAUCCAGCCAUUAACAGUAUUAUGAUUUUUCAUUAGAUAUUUUAAGCAGUUCUGAUUGAGAUGCACUUUCAAAAUCUCACAGCUCCUAAUGUCAAACAAACAGGAAUAAAAAAAACUAAACCAAAAUAAAACGUAUCUGACUUGACAGAAGUGUAACAUGGCAGGGUCAACAAAAAGGGUCAUACAAUUUCGUUAAUGCUCCAUUUUAUAUUUUUGGUAUUAAUGUUUCAUAAAAUCAUGCUCUGUAACGUAGAAGGGCUUGUAUUACUACCGAUCCCACUGAGAAUUAACACCCAAGUCUAAAGCUUUUUGCACUUUCAGAUGCUUUUAGUUUGUUGUUUUGAUUUGCAGAGGCUAGCUUCUGUUCCUCUAGCCUUUGCUCCACAAUUAUUUUUGAAUAUUUCUUACAUCUGCCUGUCUGAAAAGCUGAAACAUCAUACUGGAGUAUUUUGUUCAUAUAAGAAAAAUGGGUAUCUACCACUAUCACUAUACUUAAUAGAAAUGUUUGAGCUUGACGUCUUGACGACGAUUAAACCGAUAAUAUUUUGUCAUAUUCAUCAACUACAACACUCAUAAGGUUUUGACUCUCCCGUCUUUGUUAAAGAAUCAUGAGAGCUUGACUUCUAACAAAAUAAUUGCUAACAGUGUAUUAAGGCCCAGUUGCAGUGAGUUUGGUUUGGUGUCUCUCUGCUCCCUAGUUGUCUUAUUGCUUAAUGGAAGAUAUAUCAGGCUAAAACCUUAAACUGGUCAAAUUGAAGCGCUGAGGUUUGCCCCUCAACAACAGCAACAUAGAUACAGUAUAGCGAUGAAAAUAUACAUAUAUGACCCUUGCUCUCUCUCUCUCUCUCUCGCUCUCUCGUUAAUCUGUGGACGUUAUAUGUGUUGCCUAUGUUCUAUGUUCAAAAAACUACCACAAUCUGUAGUCAUCACUUUUUCUUUAAGUGGUGGAUAUCUCAUUCUGAAAUGAAUCUCUUUGUGUAUCAGCUACACUUCACAUUGUAUUCACAACCUACAAAAUCCACUGUACAGAAAAUCAUGGACAAUUUUACCAAACUAUCUACUGACAGUAUCCAGUCCAGGUUAGAUCACAUCCUGCGCGCCCCUACCUAAUGUACACUGGAUGUUAUAGAUCUGCAUUAGUGUGCAAUUCUAUGGUUUCACCUUGGAGAAUGGCAACCUUGUAUAGCUAAUCAAGUUUAUCAGUUAGUCAUGUACUGUAUGUAUGUAUGUACGUGUGGGUUUGUAUUUUCUUGACAUACUAGACAUUGCACUUAUUCAACGUUUGCCUAAACUGGAGAAAUGGACUGUCCUCGGACCUGCAGUAGACGGGUAAUGGAGGAAAAAGGGGAAAAAACAAUUUAUCGAGUCAGCAAGACUAUAAUAUCCAACAUCCUAACCACGUCUGUACUGGGGCUUUCAGUGUCUACUGGAACUAAAUAUUCUGACUACUGAAUGAACUUUGAGGCACUGAAAGAGAGCGGAUUGUAAAUAAGGACAUUGGAGACCUUGUUGAAAUGUAAUGCCCAGAAAGAAGUGGACAUGUUCAGCUUACUCAUUGUGUUGCGGGACUGUGCUAAUAGCUGAUGCCUGUUUUUACCAAGAGGUUUGAGCUGCGAGUCUCUUUGAGAAUCUAUUCUCUGGCUGGCUCUCUGGUGAGUAAUGUUUUCAAAGAUGAUGUUGACAACAAUGAUGGUGAUUAUGAUGAUGAUGAUGAUGAAAGGCAGCGAUGCAGGAAAAAAAAAAGAAUAAAGCCUGAUUUUGCACAGUUUUA